AACAGUUAUAUAUGCGUUUGUUUAUUUCUACGCACUUUGUGAAAGUAUUUAAAUAAUAAAUAUUUAUAAUAAUUAAUAAUCAAUAAUUUAUAAAUCAUUAUUUAUUUAAUGAUUAUAAAUAUUUAUUAAAAAUGUCACUACAGCAGCCUUGUGAUACACUUCGAGUGUUACACUUACCUCCGUACUUGAGUGAUGAAAAAAGAAAUGAAUUAUUUAAAAAAUUUGGUGCUGAAUGUACAAGAACAAUUAGAAGAUCAGAUUCAUAUACAACGACAUUUGUUAAAUUUCCGUCAACGGAAUUAGCGACGAAGGCAUUUUUACAAUUGCAUCAGCUGGAAAUAAAAGGACAAUAUUUGUCCGUUGAAUUCGCUAAGAAGUCAUUUGUCGGUGACAAAGAUGAUAAUUUAUUAUUCAAAUCAGGAUCGAUUGAUGUUACUGAUAAAAAUGAUAACGGAAAUGCUAAACAUUUUCAAGCCUUUAUUGAUAAAUUAAAUACCUGGACUUCGACUUAUAAUUUUUCACAGCCACCACCACCAAACAUUUCUUAUAAAUAUCCAUUACCUACGAGAAAUAUUUUAUUGAGAAUUUCUAUUCAACUUUUGAGAGAACCUGCAUUUUAUACUCAGGUUUUACAUUUAAUGAAUAAAAUGAAUUUACCGCCACCUUUUGAAGAACUUGAAGCUGAAUUUCCGAGUUUAAAAGAAGUAUAUAAUAUGGAAAAAUAUAAAGAUAUUUUUGGUAACAUUAAUGCUGAAAAUGAUUCUUUAAUGACUGAUAACUUCUACAUGAUGGGAGAUGAUGAUAACGAGGGUGAUGGAGAAAAUGAUGACGGUGACAAUGAAGACGACGAUGAAGAAGAAUCAGAAAUGGAAUCAGAUAAAGAAGAAACAAAUAAAUUAAAAGAGUUCAUUCCUGUCAAAAGAAAAUUACCAGCGACGAAAAGAAAAAUAAAAAUUCCGAAAUUUGUAAAUCCUACGAAACAUCCAACACCAAUUACUUCAAAACAAAAAGUAAUAAGGCCACAAGAUGUAUUUGAGCGGGUUCCGAUUGAAGAAACAAAAAAGAAGACUGUAUCAAAGAGCGAUAGCAAAUUACCUGAUAAAAAUUUAGAUACUAAUGUAAAUGAUCGAGUUAUUUUACAAUCAGAAGGCGGGUUUGGUUUAAUACUUCCGGCUAAAAAAACUGAUGAUGAGAAAGAAGAGAAAAAGGAAAGUGAGAAGCCAAGAGAAUUUAUAACUUCUGAAGAAUUAGCAAGUAAUCGAAUAUCUGCGAAUGAGCAAAGAUUAUUCUCAGAAUUUAAAAAUUAUCAUCCAGGCAAACCGUCAUGCCGGUUGUACAUUAAAAAUUUGUCGAAAGAAGUAACUGAAGAUGAUUUAAAUUAUAUUUAUCGAAGAUACGUGAUACCGAGUUUAGAAAACUCUGAGUCGCAAUUUAAUGUAACAUUAAUGCGUGGCGGACGUAUGAAAGGUCAAGCUUUUGUUACAUUUCAAAAUAUGGGACAGGCACAACUGGCACUUAAUGAUACUAAUGGUUAUAAACUUAAAAGUAAAUAUAUGGUUGUACAAUUUUCUAAUAUGACAAACAAAAAGUAAUAAUAUCUUGUUUAAAAAAAAUUCAUUACAAAAACGUUCCUGACAGUGAAAUUCAAAAAUUGAGACAAUUCUGAACUUUGAGUUGAAUAUUUUUAGAGCUUUAGAAUAAUUACAAGUGCAAUUAUUUUUAAUUACAAGGGCAACUAUUUCUUUUUUUUUUAUUCUUCAAACCCAAAAAAUUAUCAAAUCAAAUUAUUUUUACUCAAAAAAUAAAAAAUAAAAGAAAAUGCGCAGGAAAAGCUUACAUCUGUUGAAAAUUUUUCACUUUCUAAUUUUUUCAAAGUUACAAAAAUGUCCAACUUAAAGUUAAAAGUUGUCUCAAUUUUGGAAGUUCGAUCAUGAACGUUUUUGGAACAUUUCUGGAAUUAAUUUUUUUUUACACGGGAUCAUAUAAUUUUAUUUUAUUUUAUUAUUUUUUUUUUUUUUUUUCAAAUCAAAGCACUAGUGCUCACUAUUUAAGUUAAUUAAAGAAGAUUUUUAUACAGGAAAUACUAAAUAAUUUAUUUUUACUUUUAAUUGUCACUGAAAUCGACUGUUAUCAAAACUUUAUAAUUUUAUAUUUUUUAAUUAUCGAGAAGUGCUUCCAUUUUCAAAUAAUUUAAAGUAUUAUUUUUAACGAAUUAGAAUUUAAAAAAAAAAAUAGGUUACUUAUUAAUUGUAAUUAUGUUUAAAAGAUGUAAUAUCUUGUGUUAUAAUCGGCAGAAAAAUAAGACUUGUUGUAAAUAAAAUUUUUUCACAAUAAAUUAUUGUAAAUAAACAAGAUACUGAACUUAGCCGACGU